AUGUCCACAGGGCGCAAUCGCCCGAUCUCGAACGCUCUUAUGCAAGAUUCCCAUCAGCUCGAGGCUUCAUAUCGCUCGUGGCAAGCUCGUCGUCCGCAACUGUUUCGUCCAUCCGACACGACUUCACCAAUGGCUUUGAAUUCGAAAGCGUGCAUCUUCGUCAUCGCCGAGGGCCAGGAACAUCCCGUCAAGCUGAGCAAUGCCCUCCACGACAGCAUAUUGUCCAAGAGCAUCAUCUCAAAGAGCAAAGCGGUCGCCACCCGCGGCGCCAUUCGCCCAGUUGCACCGACCACCUUGACCGAUCAUACCGGAACAAGCCACAUCUCCACUUCUACCAUUUCCCUACGAUGGUACUACGACGACGGUACCCAGACUUUUCCUGAGACAUUCUACAUUGUCGAUAAAAUUCUGGCGACCAGCAACAUUGAUACGGACAGUAACCGACAAGGAACCACUGAGAACAACCUCUGGGACGCGAUCCUCCGCAGUACCGCCGAACCGCCCUCCGCGGCGCUAAGCCCUCAAGUCAACCCGAUAUGCGCUGCGCCACCGGGCGUAGAUCCCCGGCGGGAGAGGGAGAGAAAAGAACGGGCGGAGACGAACCAGCAGAAAUUCGAGAGGGAGAAGGAGUUGCAGGCCAAGAAGAUCCGUGACGCCUUCGCUCUGAAGCAGGCUGGGCCGGGAAAGCGAGGAUGA